AUGGCCAACACACGUUCAGGAAAGGAUACUUCAAAGCCCACUGGUGUCGACAAAAACACCAAUGCUCGAAAGACCCGUGAAAAGGAUGAAAUUGCCGCCCAGAAAAGGAAAAUUGAAGACAAGCGAAAACAGCGCCAGCAGGAGCUCGAGUCACUCCGGAAGGACUUGCUAGCCGCGGACAGCCAAUUGAAUGGCUCGCAGCUUACCAAGGAUGAGAGGGCUGAGCUGGAGAACAGGCACAACAACAUUCAAGAAGCCAUCCAAUCUACGGAAGCGGACAUCGAGAAAGAUGGCGAAGAUUUGAUGGACAUUGAUACGGAGGAACAUGCCGCAUCAGGUUCUACUGGUCAGGCCCCUGAGAAUGGGGCGUCAUCGAUACCACCACAACCUGUGCCGCAGAGUACAUGGUUUCCACGUGCAGAGGAGGCGCCGGUGGAGCAGAAACCAACCAACGCUUCUAAUGAGCAGGGAGAGGGACAUUAUAAAAAAACAGCAUUUCCUGAUCCCGAUACCGCAAUUGCAUCCGUCGAGGAACCAGAUUCGGCCGGAAGCUCGAAUCCGAACGAAGAUAACGAUGGUGAAUUGCUAGUCCGAUUAGAUACAUUAUCAAAAGAUGGCCAUUCGAACGGGGUGGCAGAUGCGUGGUUCAUGAUGCUCGCAGCUGAGAACCUAAUUGUUCGAUACGGGCCAAAGCAAGCGUGCAAGUAUGUCAUCCAAUCCGGCACAGGACACAAUUUCGAUGGUCUUCAGCAAGUGUCCGAUUCGAAGUCGCGGCUUUGCUCCAUCAUGGACAGAGACAAACGGGGUAAAACGCGCCGUCGCUAUGGCCCCGAGAAUAUCGAAGGGAUUGUUGGUGUAGCCAUUCUGGAGAGGCCCCCUAAUACGAAAAGCUCUAAGGCGCCAACGACCUAUGUGAAGCUCAAGUGGACUAACAUCAAGGAGGAAGACAAACACUUAUGCCGAGAUGGGACCAAUUGGAUUACACGAACAAAUCUCAUCAAAUUAACCAAUGAGGAACUGGCUACGUCAAAAAUCACGGAGGCCUGGGAGAAACAGGAGACACGUUACAAUAACUGGGAGCAAGGGCUACCUAUUGGAACUCCAAGCCGGUCGCCCACGCCGUGCCCACUGGACGUGUGGCAACGAGCAAAGCCGGAAAGAAGCCAUGUCCCAAGAGGUCAAUCUAGUAUCACGGCGAAGCGAGAGGCGACAGCCAGCCCCGCUCCGAAUACCAUCAAUGCAGAGUCCAAUGAUAAUUCAGAACCGCAACCCGGAAAUCCUGUUCGCCCAAUUCCUGUAGAAGGGGCAACUGCCGCCGCAACCGACUCAACUACUCCAUCCGAUAAGCCUGCGUCACAAAUAACCUUUAGCCGGAAGGACUACGUGGAAAGGAUGAUCAACAGUAUGGCCUUGGAUAAGACAGAUAUGCAAGCAUACGUGAGAGCACUAACCUUGAUUGAAGCCGAUUAUGCGGUCUAUAAGGGCCAUUUGUUGGCAAACGGAGGUGUGGAGGUGUACUAA